GCGGGCCGCGCACCGCAACGCGCUGCUGCUGGACGCCGGGGACCAGUACCAGGGCACCGUGUGGUUCUCCCGCUUCAAGGGCCGCGAGGCCGUCCACUUCAUGAACCUCCUGCGCUACGAUGCUAUGGCUUUGGGUAACCAUGAAUUUGAUGAAGGUGUGAGUGGACUGUUGGAUCCUCUUCUUAAAAACGCAAAUUUUACAGUCCUGAGUGCAAAUAUUAAAGGGAAAACUCCAUUAGGAAAUGAAAUGAUGAAAUACGUUCAUCCUUUUAAAAUAGUUCGUUUUGGCUCAGAAUCAGUUGGAAUUGUUGGCUACACUACAAAGGAAACUUCUUUUCUUUCACAGCCAGGGGAUGAUGUAACCUUUGAAGAUGAAAUUGAAGCAUUGCAACUGCAAGUGAAUAAACUUACUGCUAUGGGAGUGAACAAAAUAAUUGCACUAGGACAUUCUGGUUUUACCGUGGACAAAAAUAUUGCCCAAAAAGUGAAAGGAGUGGAUGUUGUGAUUGGAGGACAUACAAACACAUUUCUCUACACAGGCACCCCACCCUCCACUGAACUGCCAGCUGGCCCCUAUCCAUUCAUGGUUGACUCGGAUGAUGGGAGGAAGGUGCCAGUUGUACAAGCUUACGCUUAUGGAAAAUAUCUUGGUUACUUAAAUGUUACAUUUGACAAGAAAGGAAAUGUAGUUGAAGCAGUUGGAAACCCCAUUCUGCUGGACAGCAGUAUUCCUGAAGAUGAGCACAUUAAGGAAGAAGUGGAAAAAUGGAGAGAGAACCUGGGGAAUUAUUCUGAAGAGAUUGGAAAAACUAGCGUUUACCUGAAUGGUACAAGCCAAGCAUGCCGUUUCCAAGAAUGUAACAUGGGAAAUUUGCUUUGUGAUGCUGCGCUUCAUGAGAAUGUCAGGCAGCCAGAUAAAAAGAUGUGGAAUCACGUUUCAAUGUGCAUCCUGAACGGAGGUGGGAUACGGUCACCCAUUGAUGAGCAGAGCACUAAUGGUAGCAUUACUGUGGAAGAUUUGCUGUCUGUUUUGCCAUUUGGAGGUCGUUUUGAUAUGGUGACGUUAAAAGGUUCCACACUGAAAGAAGCUUUUGAGCACAGUGUGAGGAGAUAUGGAAAAGGAAGUGGAGAGCUGCUGCAGGUUGGAGGCAUCCACGUGGUCUAUGACCUCUCCAGAGCCCCAGGAAGCAGAGUUGUUAGCUUAGAAGUGCUUUGCACAGCCUGCCGAGUCCCAGCCUAUGUCCCACUCCAGAUGGAUGAAAUCUACAAUGUGACUCUGCCAUCCUACAUGUUAUUUGGAGGAGAUGGCUACAGUAUGCUGAAAGACAAAAAUCUGGGAUACAGUAAAGGUGAACCUGACAUUGAGGUUGUUUCCCGCUACCUCCAGAGAAUGAAGAGAGUUUACCCAGCAGUUGAAGGUCGAAUAAAAUUUUCUUCUGGAAGUCUUACUGAAGCAAGUCUCACCCUGAUCUCUGUAUUGCUCAUGGUGACAUUCUUGCACACUUGAUUUUUUGUUUGGAGGAAUACAGGAGAGGUGAUACUGAGGAAGCUGUAAGAGACCUGUUCUCUUCUGUCACACCUUACAACGAAUGAGCAGUGAGCAGCCCCCAGCACUGUCUUUAACCUGGUGCUGCCACUGGAGCACUGUGUGCAGAGCAGAGGGCAGAAUCCGUGACUUCUCUUGGUCAGAAUACGCAGGUACCUGAAAUUGAGGUCUCAAAAGCAAAGUUCCAGUGAAUACUUACUGCUCAAUCAUAAAACAAGGACAGACUGAAAUGGGGUAUUAUAAAUUGUCAAAUUCUUACAGCUGCUUUAGACAGUGACUUAAGAACCUGAUUCCAGAUGUAAACAAGCUUCUAGAAAUAGAUUUAUUAUAGAUGAAUAUUCCUUUCUUUGAUCUCCACUCAGGGUUAAGGUAUUCAAUCUAACAUUUCUACUUUGCUUUCAGUUAUAUUUAUCAUACCUACAUGAAGGCCUGAAAGAGCUGGAUUAAACUCAGUGCCAUUAAAACCACGAGGUCUAUUUAAUAGGCAAUUUAAAAAAAAAUGUUUUACUUUUGAAAAAGAAACAUCACAGUCAUAUUUUCCAUCAAUAAAGGACAUAAUGACAGCUUGACUUGAUUUUAAUCAAUUUUAACAAAUUAAGUAUUCUUCACUCUUAAAUAUGACCAGAUGGGGGACUGUAUGAGAGAGAGAGAACACGGAGUGAGAACACAAUCUGUGACUGUACUUCAUAUAAAUAUGUUCAAUUUUAUACCUAUUCCAAAGAACAAAGUACAGGUCUGCUGCCUGUUAAUCUGUAUUAGCAACAUUCCAAGGAAAUGUCAGAUACAGGCAUUGACUCCUGCAGUACUUUUGGCAUCCUUUGGAAAUAAUCAGGUAACGGGGCUCUUUACAGCAUAACCUGCCUUUAUGAUAACUGUAAUUAUACCUCUUCUACGGGAAGGAUGUGUUUAAAAAUUACUUGUAAGAGACAGGCUAGUGAGUAUGAAAUCAGAUUAAAUGCUAAAUGCACAUUGCUGAUGCUUUAUCAAUAAAUGAUUGCUUACAAAUGAGGACAAAAAAAAUAUUAUUUUUCUAAGAUUACUGGGAAUUUUGACAUCGACAUGCUUGGGUUGUUUAUUGCUGUUUUAAACUGACUGUAAGUGUUUUGAAUAAACCUGCUAUGUUUUCCUGGAAAGCCCACUACACUCUUUUUCAACAAUGAAGCUGCCUCUUCCAUUCACUGCACCUGUGAAUUUCAAGGAGAAGGUGCAUGAAGACAAACAUUCAGUAUGCUGCAAUUUAAAGACCCCAUUCAUUUCCACAUCCAUUAAAGAGCAGUGCCUGAAAGGCUCUGAACUACACAGCUGCAUUAGGUAAGGGGUGUACAACAGGGAGACAAAUGACAACUGACCUCAACACACUACAGGUUAGGCCCUGGCUUUGAUGAUUUGUCACUACUACUCCCUAAAUUGUUAGUUUAUAGAAUGGUCUUCCCCCAUCAACAUCAACCCAGUAAUAGAGAGGGCAAUGAUGGGCAGAGCUGUACCUGCAUACCAAUUCUGAGAGUUGCAACAACUGCUUUGGCAGAGCCAGAAAGGAGAAAAGUAACACUUUUACCUUCCUUUGACAAACAGAAGGGAGAGGAAUUGACAAAGAACACCAAUGCUGCAUUAGAUUGGUUGGUUUGUAAAAGAGGAGAAAAAGGGUGCUUGAAAAGAAAAAUUAAGGAAUGCCUAUUAAAGUAUCUCUGUAUUUUCUGUGAGUAAAACUUGUCAUAAAUCCACACGUAAAAGUCCUUUUCAAAAUCUCUUUUAUAAAGGCCAGGCCAACAAAUUAAGAUUUAGAGAGAAAAAUCUUCCUUUUCAUAUGAAUGGAUUUUUAUAAAAUGCUGUGAACAGACUCACAUCCUCUUUUCUAAGCCUGUAAAGAGGAUGUCAGAAAAAACCCACAAAGCCAGAUAAGAAACUGCAGAAAAAUAAAAGCUAAGUUGAAAGUCAAAACCACUUUUCACAUCCGUGAUUAUUUUAAGAAGGCUUUAGAUUUGAAGGUCAGGUAUUAAAAAGACUAAAUUACAAAUGUGAUUUUCCAUGCUCACAGAAAUAUGAAGGCUAAAGACAGUUCUGAGAUUAAUUAUUUGUAUGCAACAGAUUCAAUCAUAUACUUCUGCUGUUAAAAAAACCAAAAGGAUUUGUUAAGACAUUUUAAAAUAACUUAAUGGGAGCAUUCUACAACUUCUUCCAAAUAAUUUUUAUACAUAUCCUUUCAGGAAGACACCCGGUAAUUGCUCUUUUAACAAAGUGUAAGUUGGCUGAUCGCCCAGCUGUCUUUUUUGAUGUCAUCCUGUAGUUUCAUACACUGAGAGAUUUUGGUGAAAUUAAUUGGACUUUUACUGGUAACAGCUAAAACAAAUUUUAAAUAAAAAGUAUAGAUUU